AUGGACACUCAUUCCCACGCAGCCGUCGUGGGAGCCGGUCCAGUAGGCUGUCUCACAGCUCUGUCACUCGCAGCUAGAGGAUUCACCGUCUCCAUCUACGAACGGCGGCCGGAUCCACGCCAUCAUCAGAUCGGCUCGGGCUCAAGGGACAAUGCUUCAGCGCCUCGCAGUAUCAACCUCGCUAUCUCGGCGCGUGGACUCAAAGCUUUGAGCUCCGUGAACGUCGAGACAGACCGCAAUAUGGCAGACGUUGUGCUGAGUCAUGCUGUGCCAAUGAGGGCGAGGAUGAUUCACACCAAAGAUGAAGGUCAAGGUGUCAAGCAGAUGAGCCAAGCUUACGGGCUUAAUGGAGAGUGCAUCAACUCAGUAUCCCGCACGCUGCUUAAUGACCUGCUCCUGGAUCAAGCGAGCGCCCACCCUGCCGUUUCCCUACAUUUCAACUGCAAGCUGAGGAGUGUCGACCUGCAAGCGCGAGAGAAAGAUCCUCAGGCAGAAGGCGAGUGUCAUCUGAACUUCGAAAGCUGGGAAGGCAGCGGUCCUGCUUCCCGCUACUCGGCCCUGGUAGUAGGCUGCGAUGGCAUCAACUCAAUAGUGCGGAGCACCAUUGCUCGUUUGACCCCCGUCAACUUUCAGCAAGAGUACAUCGACUCUUCCUACUUAGAAUUGCGAAUCCCACCCAAGAUCGAAGAUGGUGCCGCCACAUUCGCUCUGGACCCCAACCAUCUUCACAUCUGGCCGCGCCAUUCAUUCAUGCUCAUCGCUCUUGCCAAUCUGGACAAGAGCUUCACAUCCACCUUAUUCGCCCCUCAAGCCAUCAUCGGGAGAUUAACCUCGCGGGGGGCUAUCUUGGAGUUCUUCGCAAACGAGUUCCCCGAUGCGCUGAAGCUCAUGGGAGACGAAGAUGUAGUAGCGACGCUCUUGCCUCGACAAGGCAAGGGCAGUCCCCUUUCAAGCGUUAAGUGCUACCCUUACCACUACAAAGGGCGGGCGGUCUUCCUUGGCGAUGCUGCUCAUGCCAUGCUACCCUUCUAUGGUCAGGGUCUCAACUGCGGGUUCGAAGACGUCGGCUUUCUGACGAAUCUCAUCGACAAGCAUGGUGUUCGCGGUGAUCCUGGCCAGUCAGUGGGGUCGGGGAAGUCUGUCCAAGGCGAGAAAGAGGAGAAUGCUUGGGACAGAUACUCGCCUCUGCUAGCCCAAGCUUUCACGGAAUACUCAAAGGAGCGUCACCCCGACCUGAUCGCCAUCAGCUACCUGGCAACGCAAAACUAUCACGAGAUGUCCUCGCGAGUCGUCUCUCCACUCUACCUCAUUCGCAAGUCACUCGACGGACUGCUUAUGAAGACGUUGCCCAAGGGCUGGUGGAUCUCACUGUACAGCAUGGUGACGUUCAGCCCAGAGAUUGGGUACGCUGAGGCGAAGAAGAGAGAAGCCCGGCAGAGCGUCAUCAUCGAGAGAGUCCUGGUUGCCUCUGGACUUGCUGCGAUGACUGGACUGGGGCUGGCGGGCAGAUGGCUGCUCAAGAACAGACGAGAUCUCUGGUAG